AUGUUCCGCUUAAGCGAAAUUGAGCAUACAUUCAGAUUGCCUCCUCAUCGCCUCGAUCGUCCUCUUGCUGAAGCAAUCAAGGGAGAACUCGAGAGUCUCUUUGUAGACAAGGUGAUUGCUUACCUGGGGCUUUGUAUCUCUAUAUAUGAUAUUCGCUCUAUUGAUGGUGGCUUUGUCUUUCCAGGAGAUGGUGCUUCGACAUAUACGGUCAAAUUCAGAUUGAUAAUUUUUUGCCCCUUUGUGGGGGAGGUCAUCGCUGGAAGACUUAUAGAUUCUACCGAUGAAGGUCUAAAAUUAUCGCUCGGAUUUUUUGAUGAUAUACAUGUGCCUGUAUCGAAGUUGCCACAAGGCUCGUGUUCUGAAACUGAUCCAGAUAAUAAGGGGAAAGUCAGGUGGAUGUGGAAUUAUGGGGACGGACAAAAGUUUCCUAUAGACAAUUUAGACGAGAUCAGGCUUCGGGUUCAUGAUGUUAGAUAUCCCAAAGUACCCCUUGAGCAAGAAAGUAGUUCAAAAAAUGAGGAAGAAAGCAGUUCAAAAAAUGAGGAAGAAAGUAGUUCAAAAAAUGAGCAAAAAAGUAGAUCGAAAAAACCGUUUGCCCCGAUGGAAAUCAUGGGAUUUCUUGAUUGCGAUGGUCUGGGUCCAAUUUCAUGGUGGGUUUGA